GCUGGCUGUCGGGGGUGGGGCGACAGUGACAUCACCUCGGAGCAGGCUCUUAAGCGCCCCGAGCCGGGGGGAGGAUUGUUCUGCCGGCUGGGGAGGGAGUGAGCGGUUUGUAGCCGACGAUCUCCCGGACCCGGAGCCGCCGGGGACAGACCCCCCCCACCCCCCGCCCCGCAGGGCCGGCGCCCCGCCGACACCUUCCCGAGCGCCGACUUCCAUCCGAGUUUGCAGACAGCGGGCGUCUGCUCGCCCGCCUGGCCCUUGCCAGUCUAUGCCUCCCGGAGUGCCCAGGUGAGCCUCGGGCCCCUCUAAGCCCCUCCAGGCGUUGUUCCCCCCACCCACCCCCGUAGCCGCCGCCGUCACCGCCGCCGCCAGCACCGUCGCAGCAGCCGCCGGGCCGGGUCCCCAGCAGCUGUCCGAGCCGCCCCCCUCCAGCCCCGGACACACAUGAGAUUCUUCAGGCUGACUUUCAAGUGUUUUGUCGACUGCUUCUGAGUACCCCCCUCCCGCCCCCUCGAACCUCGCAGCCCUUUAUCCUUCCCCCGACCAGGGAAUUCCCAUCCUUUCCCCUUCCCCUUCCCCCCUCCCCAAAUUUGGGGGGCCGCCUCCUGCUGCUCCCAGAGAUCCCGGCCUUGAGCCCCCGCCCCCAUUGGAGGGCCAUCGCCAGUCGGUGAAUCCAUAGAGGGGAUUGGAUUGGAGGAGACCACCUUGGGCGUGGGAGCCCUCCGGCCUCCCGAGGUGCCCUCCUCCUCCUCCUCCUCCUCCUCCUCCUCCCCGAGAGGACAGGAGUACCUAGACAGUGUCCUUUGUAUUCUCCCCGUGACCCCCGGCCGAGCCCCCCAGCCCUGCCCAGCCCAGCCCUGCCCUAGCAGCGGGGCCAUGGCGAAGAAGACCGCAGAAAAUGGCAUCUACAGCGUGUCCAGGGAAAAGAAGGGCUCCCUUCUGGACCCCGCCGAGGGGGCCCCCACCAUCAAGACCGAGGUGGUGGCUGCCGGCCUGGGCGCCUCGGGCCCGGGCCUGGCCAUCCCGCCGCGGGAGACGUGGACCCGCCAGAUGGACUUCAUCAUGUCUUGUGUGGGCUUCGCGGUGGGCCUUGGCAACGUCUGGCGCUUCCCGUACCUGUGCUACAAGAAUGGCGGAGGAGUGUUCCUUAUCCCGUAUCUUCUGAUUGCCCUCCUGGGAGGGAUCCCCAUCUUCUUCCUGGAGAUCUCCCUGGGCCAGUUUAUGAAAGCUGGCAGCAUCAACGUUUGGAACAUCUGUCCCCUCUUCAAAGGCCUAGGCUUUGCCUCCAUGGUGAUAGUCUUCUACUGCAACACUUACUACAUUAUGGUGCUGGCUUGGGGAUUCUACUACCUGGUGAAGUCCUUCACGGCCUCACUGCCCUGGGCCUCCUGUGGGCACAGCUGGAACAGCCCUGAGUGUGUGGAGAUCUUCCGCCUGGAAGACUGCGCCAACGGCAGUGUGGCCAACCUCACCUGCGACCAGCUGUCCGAUCGGCGCUCCCCUGUCAUCGAGUUCUGGGAAAGGAAAGUCCUUCGCCUGUCUUCUGGGCUGGAGGUGCCUGGGGAUCUCAACUGGGAGGUGACCCUCUGCCUUCUGGCCUGUUGGGUUUUGGUCUACUUCUGUGUCUGGAAGGGAGUCAAGUCAACCGGAAAGAUUGUUUAUUUCACUGCUACAUUCCCGUAUGUUGUCCUCCUGGUCCUGCUGGUGAGGGGAGUCAUGCUGCCAGGAGCACUGGAUGGCAUCAUCUACUAUCUCAAGCCUGAUUGGUCAAAGCUGGGGUCUCCACAGGUAUGGAUCGACGCUGGCACCCAGAUCUUCUUUUCGUAUGCCAUCGGCCUGGGGGCACUCACCGCCCUGGGCAGCUACAAUCGGUUUAACAACAACUGUUACAAGGAUGCCAUCAUACUGGCACUCAUCAACAGUGGCACCAGCUUCUUCGCUGGCUUCGUGGUGUUCUCCAUCCUGGGCUUCAUGGCCACGGAACAGGGCGUGCACAUCUCCAAGGUGGCCGAGUCAGGACCAGGGCUGGCCUUCAUCGCCUAUCCUCGGGCUGUCACCCUGAUGCCUAUGGCCCCACUCUGGGCUGCCCUCUUCUUCUUCAUGUUACUGCUCCUCGGCUUGGACAGCCAGUUCGUAGGGGUAGAAGGGUUCAUCACUGGCCUCCUGGAUCUCCUCCCGGCCUCCUACUAUUUCCGGUUCCAUCGGGAGAUCUCCGUAGCCCUGUGUUGCGUGCUCUGCUUCAUCAUCGACCUCUCCAUGGUUACCGAAGGCGGCAUGUAUGUCUUUCAACUGUUUGACUACUACUCAGCCAGCGGGAUGACCUUGCUGUGGCAGGCUUUCUGGGAGUGUGCAGUGGUUGCCUGGGUUUAUGGUGCUGACCGGUUCAUGGAUGAUGUUGCCUGUAUGAUUGGCUACCGGCCUUCCCCUUGGAUGAAAUGGUGCUGGUCCUUCUUCACCCCACUGGUCUGCAUGGGCAUCUUCACCUUCAAUGUGGUGUAUUACAAGCCACUCGUGUACAACACCACCUACGUGUACCCAUGGUGGGGCGAAGCUAUGGGCUGGUGCUUCGCCUUCUCCUCCAUGCUGUGUGUGCCGCUUUACCUCCUUUAUCACCUUCUAGGGGCCAAAGGGACAUUCAUUGAGCGUUGGCGAGACCUGACCCAGCCAGUGUGGGGUCUCCAUCACUUGGAGUACAAGGCUCAGGACUCUGAUGUCAGGGGCCUGACCACCCUGACCCCAGUGUCUGAGAGCAGCAAGGUCAUCGUGGUGGAGAGUGUCAUGUAACCUGCCCUGGGGGGGGGGGGGGCAGGAAGGGGGCACCUGCCUCUGCCGAGUGCCCAAAGCCAACAGGGAGAGAGCCAAUGCUCUCCCUCUCCUUUGCCUACCCACCCCCACCAGCCUCCCUUCUUGUAGCCAUAGUAAAACCCCCUCUCACUCCUUUCAACCCCCCUCACUGAGACCCUGGGGAGGGGGAGCCUUUCUGUAUGAUCCUGAAUAGAGGGGACCCGGGUCAGGCUGGGGCCACAGUCCGGUGUAUGCGUGCUUGAGUUAAACUGGUCUUUUUUCUUUCUUUUUUUAAGAUAAAACACCAAAAAAAAGUAGAAAAUUAAAAAAAAAAAACACCCACCAAAUCAAGACCCCACCCCACCCCACCCACAGUACCGGUACCUAGUCUAGUUGGUGGCAAAGCCAGAGCUUUCCACCUAAAUUACCGAACCCCCUUCCCCAGCUGGGGGAGCAGGGACCUGUUCCCCUCAAGUCCUCCCAACAGAGGAGCCACCCCUAUCAAGCCUUUUUUAAAAUGUUGGUGGAUGGGACUCUCUCUGUCUCUGUCUCUCCCUCUCUUCUCUCUCUGUCUCUGUCUCUCCCUCUCUUCUCUCUCUGUCUCUCAGACCUCCUGGGCCUCAACUACAAUCAGGUCCCCUCCCAUCCUACAUGGGAGCCAGCUGCACCUUGUGUGUAAAGGGGGCAACCAAUUUGAGUCCAUUCCCCGCCCCCUUCCCCCCCAGAUCAUGCUAGUUUGGAGAGCUUGUUGGGUGGGAGUCAUCUGGCCGCCACCCGUCAAGCCCCAGUUUCCCCAGAUUCCGGUGUGUGUGUGUGCGCGUGCAUGGGUGGGUGGCGUGACUGCGUGCGCAUGUGUACAUAUAUACAGUGGUUAUAUAUAUAUACAGUAUAUAGCUAUAUACAAUCCGUGUAUAUACAGUAUAUAUAUAUCUAUAUAUAUGGGAUUGAGAGUACCAGGUGUAAAUUAUGCCUGCGGGCAAAGAAGACUUGUAUUUUGCACAUUUUGUAAAAACUCUAAGAGAAGAGUGAUUUCUGCCUGUAUAUUUCUAAAAAGAGACACAACCCUCCUCCACCCCAGCCCCAAGAGAGCUUGAUAGAGAUCUAAUUUUGUUAGAAAAAAAAAAAGCUGAAAAAAAAGCCUCCCAUCCUGGCUCUGUCACAGGUUUUGGUCCUCCGUCCCUUCUGCCUCAAGCCGCCACCAAAGAGUGGCGAGGGGAGUCCCAGUCCGGGAGGCUGGAUGCCUGUUUCUGCCCCCUCCCCGGCAAUGCCACCUGCCUGUGGCAUGGUGCCCAGUAUUCUAGGUCUCGAAGCCUGGAGGGAAGGGGUGGCUCCCAAAACACCAGCCUGGCACAGCCUGUGGUGCCACUGUCCGGAUUCAUCCCUCCCCACCAUGGUCCCUUCCCUCAAUGGCAUCCCAGGAAGGGGAGAGUAAUAGAUCUGGAGGGGAAAAGGGUGCCAAAGGUGCCUCAGAGAUAACCCCUGCCAGUGUUCCCCCUUCUAUGUCUGAUGCCCCUGCGGAGACCAUUCCCACUCCCAAGUCUUGGGGCCCUGGGACAUUGUGACUGCUAAAAAGCCACCUGCAAACAUAGCAAUAAAGACAUGUCAUUUUUCAAA